AUGAAAAAAAGACGGUUGACAUUGUUCCCUUGUCUUCGUCAAAACAGCAAUCUACAGAAAUUUUGGGAAAUAGAAGAUGGCGACUUUCAAGAAAGUCGAUCUGAAGUGUCCAGUUGCGAAAAAAUAUUCUGUGAAACUUUGAGAGACGCCGAAGAUGGAAAGUUUAUAGUGCAACUACCUUUGAAAGAACAUCCAAUUGUUUUGGGCAAUUCCAAAAGUAUAGCGUUGAAGAAACUGUUUGACCUUGAAAGAAAAUUGGACCAAAAUGAAAAGUUGAGAACCUUGUACUCUGACUUCAUGCGAGAGUACAUUUCCUUAAACCAUAUGAGUCUAGUGCCCGAAGGAGAAGAGGAUACAAACCCAGCGUAUUACAUCCCUCAUUUAGGUGUGCUUCGAGAGGGUAGUUUAACUACUAAGUUAAGGGUAGUGUUUAACGCUUCUUCCAAAACAUCGCCAAACAACAAAUCAUUGAAUGAUAUUCUACAUGUGGGCCCCACAAUCCAAGACACCCUUUUUGAAAUUUUACUGAGAUUUCGGGAGUACCCUGUUGCACUGACUGCGGAUAUCACAAAAAUGUAUCGCCAAAUAUGGAUCGACGAAGCACAACGUGACUUACAAAGAAUUUUGUGGAGGGAAAAACGGUCUGAUCCGGUGAAAAUUUAUCGACUGAAUACUGUCACAUACGGCACUGGACCCGCUCCCUUCCUAGCAAUAAGAUCGCUAAAUGAAGCUGCCUUACAACAGAAACACAGAUAUGCAGCUGCUUCAAAAAGUAUUCCGAGUUCAUUUUAUGUAGAUGAUUAUCUAGGAGGAGCAGAAACAAUAAAGGAGGCAAUCCAACUAAAGAAUGAUGUAGAGGAAAUUUUGCUUCGAAGAGGUUUUCCGCUUAGAAAAUGGGCCUCAAAUGAGAAAAACGUAUUCCAAAACACUAGUAAUCGCACAGAGCCAUUUUAUUUCAAUGAAGAGACUGAUGUUAAGGUUCUGGGCAUCG